UGUAAUGAUUGCACUUGGAGAAUUAAAUCAAUCUCGUUAAGUAGACUACAAACAUUGAGAAGUGAAGACAUACAACAUCCCAUUAUCUCAAAAGGCAUGCAAUGCAAUCUAUUUUAUUUCGUUUGGAGAAAGGUAUUUACAAUAUUCGAGAGUGUAUAGGAUUGCAUUGGAUCAAACGGACUGAUUCACUGGAUUAAUCAGUGCAAAACACUGUAUGAGUAUUUUAGAAACUUGGAUUAAGAUAUUUUGAUCGAUCAAGUCCUUGGAUCGAUCAACCAUCUCUCUUAUGAAAGUGAGAUAGUGCUACAGUGUUUGAUACAUUUAAAAUAACACUGUGUGCAUCAAGGGAUACUGUUGAGUUGAGUGGACACUCAUUCAGGGUACGCGAUCAGGAUGUUCAAGCGACCAGACAUUCAUGAAGCAUCAUUUUUCGGGGACCUCCGGGAAUUACAAAUGGCGUUAGACGAUGGCCAGUCACCCACCGUCGCUAACUAUACCGGUCGCACGGCACUACACACUGCUGCAGCGAACGGGAGACUAGACGUGUUACAAGUAUUUAAGGAAAGAGGAUGCCCCUUGGAUAACAAAGACAAAAGUGGAUGUACACCUCUACACCUUGCUUCACGUCUAGGUCAUCUUGAUACAGUCAAGUGGUUGAUUGAUUGCGGUGCUGACGUCAAAGCCAGAACGCCAAAGGGGAGAACAGCGUUGUCGAUUGCACAGGCUAAUCACAGUCAAUCAAAUGCAACGCUUAUUGUAUACCUUCAGAAUUGCAAUCGACAAAAGAUGUCAUGGGAAUUGUGACUUCAAAUGCUGUUUUCAUUGACGAUACUAUAGAUGGCAGGUCGGCAUGUCCCAUCUUGGAUAUUUCUCAUUUCAUUAUUCACAUUGCAAUAAGCUCGGAAGAAGAAAAGAAUCAAACUGAAACUAGAUUCUAAUUAAUGGAAGUGCCAAGACA